GUGCCCUCCCGGCGAUCCGCGGGCACGGCGGCUACGCGUACGCGGCGGCGGCCGGCUCGGCGCUCGCCCGCGAGGCCUGGGCCGCCCUCGACGUGAGCGACGUGCGGAGUCUGGAGGCUCCCGGUCAGGCGACGCACCCCUUCUGGGCCCUGGAGAGUGAGCAGCUGUGGAGCCCCCGCGUGCCCGCCUGCGUCGUGUCCCUCUUCCUGGCGGGGCUGCUCUGCUCGGCCGGCGGCAUAGGAGGCGGCGGCAUUUACGUCACCGUCCUCAUGGUCGCAGGAGGUCUCACCGUCGACGAUGCGGUGCCGUUGUCGAAGGCCGUGGUGUUUCUGGGCUCCCUCGCGUCCCUGGCGCUGAACGCGAGGAAGGAGUGCGUGGCGCAGGGCAGCUCGCGGGCGCUGAUCGACUACAGCGUGUGCCGCCUGGUCGUCCCCUCGCGGGCGCCGGCCGACGCCCCCCGGCGAUCGGCACCUACCUGGGCGUGCUGCUGA